AUGCCUAUACCACCAUCACUACGUGCGCUUUUAAGAACAGUCCCGACACUAGCGCCUGUGUCUAAUCGUGCAGUCCUAUCAGUUUCUGGUUCACAAGCAACUGAGUUCCUCAACGGGCUGCUCGCGAGCAGCGUGCAGGGCAAGCAAACAUAUGGGGCAUUCUUACACGCUCAGGGGCGCGUUUUGUACGAUGCUUUCAUGUACAACUCCCCGACACCAUCACUUUCAUCUCCUGGACCGACAUAUCUCAUAGAAUAUGACCCUACUCCAUCCGAAGCACCUACCCUCAUUAGCUUGCUCAAGCGCUACCUCCUUCGCUCAAAGGUGCGCAUACGGGACGUGUCUGAGGAAUGGGACGUUUGGGCCGCAUGGGGGUCAGAAGGUACCAGAGAAACCAGGGAGUGGAACUGGGCACGAAGUGGUGCUGUUGAGCCAGUUUGGCAGGCUAGCGAAUGUCCAUGGGGAACGGAGAAUGGUACUAUACUUGACCGACGUGCUCCGGGAAUGGGAAAGCGGAUGCUUGUUCGCAAGGGCGAUACGCCUGCCGACGCGUCUACACACGACUUGGCUGAUAAGGAUGCAUACUUGCUGCAUCGCAUCAUGCACGGAGUUCCCGAGGGUAGCGUGGACAUUCAGCCCAUGCAUGCAUUUCCCAUUGAAUCCAACUUAGACGCGAUGGGCGGACUGGACUUCCGGAAGGGAUGCUAUGUCGGCCAAGAGUUGACAGUACGCACAUAUCACACGGGCGUAGUUCGGAAACGUAUCCUCCCAGUUCACAUUUCAUCUCCGGCAUCAUUACCACCAUACAUGUCGAUUAAACCGUCCAUUUCAUCAACUACAGACAACACCGCAGUAAAAACACCCCGCCUACGCGGCUCGUCCACGCUCCUUUCUACAAUAGCUACUUCAGGUAUAGGAUCAAGUGUCGGUUUGGCGCUGGUGCGGCUAGAACAUUUGCGUCCUGGCAUAGCACUGGAGACAGGGGAGGAGGAGCAGUCGUGGAAGGUGGAGCCCUGGUGGGCAGAUUGGUGGCCCGAGCAGCCUCCCGACGAGGUGGAUGAUUUGAACAGCCUAACAUAA